GAAAAAAUGUCUUCAACAAAUGAUUCUCAACAAUAUGAAUACAUUAAACGUGAAGAUGAAUUUAUCAAACGCGAAGAUGAAGAAAUGUCUGCAGAUGAGGAUUCAGAUAAUCGACAAAAUCCCAAUAAUUAUAUGCUACGAGAACAGGAUCGCUUCCUGCCCAUAUGUAAUAUAAUAAAAAUUAUGAAAAUCCCUGUACCAGAAAACGGUAAAAUUGCCAAAGAUGCCCGUGAGUGUAUACAAGAAUGUGUUUCGGAGUUUAUUUCAUUCAUUACGUCGGAGGCUAUCGAACGUAGUAUGUCGGAGAAUCGUAAGACCGUAAAUGGUGACGAUUUAUUGUAUGCCUUUGCAACAUUGGGCUUCGAUAAUUAUGUAGAACCUUUGGGUGUAUAUCUACAUAAAUUUCGAGAGGCAACAAAGUGUGAUCGUAAUCUACUAAGUGAAAAUACAAUGAUGCAAGAUGAUUCUUCCAGUGAUAUUCGUAAGACCUGAAAAUAAAACA